AUGGGACAGCUACCGGCAUCGCGUGCUUCAUUGCCGCAUACAAACGUUUCACGAGUCGCAAAGGCCUCUGUUCCACCAUCACGAGCGAUUGGUGGCACCAAUCUCGUUGGAGCAGAUGCCGAGUUACAACGAUUCUUUAAUGCCUCGUCUCGAGAGAGGUCUCGUAUCGCCACUCAUCUCGCUACCGACGGUAUCACGUGGAAGUUCAAUCCACCUUCCGUCCCGCACUUCGGCGGCAAGUGGGAAGCAGGAGUGAAAUCUGUCAAGUUUCACCUCCGUCGAGUCAUUGGUGAGACCUUGCGCACCUACGAAGAGAUGACAACGCUCUUGGCUCAAAUCGAAGCGAUUCUCAACUCUCGCCCUCUAACGGCUGUCUCGGAUGAUCCAUCGGACGUCUCCGCACUUACGCCAGGAUAUUUUCUCGUAGGCUCAGCUCUCACUGCCGUGCCUGAACCAUCUCUGCAAGAUCUUCCAGAAAAUAGACUAACUCGAUGGCAACUCUUACACCAGAUGACAAAGUCAUUUUGGCAACGAUGGGCUACCGAAAGUGACGAACGAGUCAAACGAACAGUGACUAUAUUCAUAAUUUAA